UGGCAGCUGGCAACACCAAUGAAUACAAUUUUCUGAGUUUCUGCUUUGUACUCAUGUUCUGCAAGAAAAAUGGAAGCCGUGAAUGUGGAAGCCGGUGGAACAAAUCACUUAAACAAUGUUUUAUCUGAAAAUGAAAUCGCAGAUAUACCAAACACCAUUGCAGAUAAAAUUAAUGCAUAUAUUGACCAAAAGUUUGAAGAAUAUUUGACCUCCAAAGCUUUAUGCGAAACAAGUAAAUCACAAAUAGAUGAAAAAAUUGCUGUCGCCGGUACCACUAUUCGUGAAUACAAAACUCAGUAUGAAGAAGCUGCUAAAAAACUUUUGGCAGCUGAAGAAACAAUUGAACAGCUUGAAAAACAAGUUGGAUCUCUUAAUAAUGAAUUGAAACAAGCCCAAGAUAAAAUUUCUCGUCUAGAAAAUGAAGUUUUAACCUUUAAACGUUCUAGAGAUUCAGCUGUUGAUGAACGAAAUGACUUGACAAGAAUAUUACAAAGACGUGAUGCCGAGAUUGAAAGGCUCACUGCCACUGAAACAUCAUUAUCACAGCAACUUCGCGCUGCUAUCGAUUCUAAAUGUGAAGCAUUAGCAUUAAAUGAUGAGAUACAAAACAAAGAAUUAACCUUACAAUACCGGGAAAAACGGUUAGAACAAGAGCGGGUACUGCUUAAUUCUCAAAUAACUUCAUUAAGUGAAGAGGUCAAUAGACUUACUUCCGAAUUACAAACAAUGCGAUUAAAUAACACUAGCAGAUUGGUAAGCUUAGAGACGCAACUUACUGAAAAACUUGAAGAAUUAAAUGUAGCAAAUGAGACUAUAGAACAAUUAAAUGAAAUUCGAAAGAAUUUAAAUAAUCGUGCUGAAAAUCUGACACAACGUUUAAUGGAACAGCGAGAGAUAGAAAAUAAAAUGUCUGAAAACUACAAAAAAGAAUUAGAUGCCAAAACCAAACUGGCUGAUUUGUUUAAAACUAUGAAUGAUGAUGCAGAAGCAAGAACUACUGAGUUAACCGAAGGUAUUGCUGAAUUGCAAAAGUUAUUAAAUGAAGCCACGGAAAAAUACGGAGAGUUAGAAACAAAAUAUAAACAGAGUGAAAUGGAUCAUGAAGAAAUUUUAGAGAAAAAAAAUGAAAUAAUUGCUUCAUUAAAGCAUGAAUUAGAAAAUGCUAACGAUCUACUUAAGGCUGCAUCAGCUCAAAAAUUAGAAACCGCUCUUAAUGAUAUAGCACCAUCUGCAGCUAUUGCAAGUAAACUGUUAAAGUCAGGUAUGUCUUUAACUCAAGUUUAUUCACAGUUAGUAAAAGUGACCGAAGACUUAAAUGAAGAAAAAGAGCAGAAUCGGCGUCUUGAUGCGACUAUCAAUAAAAUAGUACAAGAAUUAGAAGAUAAAGUUCCUAUGUUACAUAAACAGAAAGCAGACUAUGAAGUAGCAGUUGAAGCUAAUACUGCUUUAUCACAACAAAUGGAAAAUUUGGUGUUUGAAAAUAAUAGAUUGAGAGAAGAUUAUGAGGAAAGUUCGAAAAUAGCUAACCAUUUCACUAGGGAAAACAAUAGACUAAAAGGUGAAUUGGCUGACUUAGGACGGCAAGUUUGUUUCUUACUAAAAGAGAUAGAGCAUAACCGAGGAGAACUUCUUAAUGGAGAUCAUGAUUUAUCACACAAUACAUCAAAUCCUGGAAAUUCGUCUGAUUUAAAUUGUUCCCGAGUCAUAUCUAAAACAUUAGUCACAUUUGGAGAUAUUCAAGAGCUGCAGAGUAAUAAUCAGAAGCUUUUAAGAAUGAUUCGUGAAUUAACAGAUAAACAAGAGGAGCUUGAAAGACAUAAAGAAGAAUUUGAAAGUGGUGAAAUGGAAAAUAAAAUUGAAACCUUAAAGCAAAGGGUUACAGAAUUAACGGAGGCACAGGAAAGACAAACAAAAAUGGUAAAUGGGCUCAUCCGACAACGUGAUAUGUUUAAAAAACUGUAUCACGACCAUAUGAAAGGUAAACGCCUCGAAACGUCGUCUCUCUAUGACACUUCUGAUAUUGAAAAGGGUGAAUCAUACGCCAUGGAUACAACACCAGACAAUAACCAAAAACCGCCGAAUGCCGAUAUUUCAUCUUUUGAAGCGAAGUAUAGAGAAACUGAAAAGCAACUUGAAUUAUUAAAGGAAGAACACAAGACUUAUAAAGAAGAGAAACUUACUACUGAGAGAAUGUUAUUUGAACAAAUUGACAAUAUGAGACAAGAAAUUGCUAAACUGACAGCUGCCAAUAGUAAAUGCGCUUCAACAUCAGAAUAUAAUAAUGAAAGAUUAAAAAUAUUACAAACAAAUGUAUCAACUUACAAAAAACAAAUUUCCUCACUAGAGGACAAAAAUAAAGCCUACAAUGCUACAAUUGCCAAACAUGAAGUUUCUUUGCAACAUUUGAGAGAUGAAGUAUUAAAUUCACAAGGAAAACUAGCAGCUGCAGAAAUUCAGCUUGAAAACUUAAAGCUAGAAAAUAAAUUAUUGAAAGACGCUGAGUUGAGAUUACAAACGGAAAAAGAGAUAUUUAACCGAGAGAGACAAGGACAAUCUUUACUAUUAAAAAAUUUAGAAUUAAUAAAAGCAAGCUUAGAACGUGUUGAAGUAGAAAAUCGUGCUAGAAUAGAAACAAGAUUAGAUGAAGCCACUCGGGAAUGUGCUGCUCUUCGUAGACGAUUGCAAGAGGAGCAAGACAGGUUUAGAGAACUAGCAUCUCAUCUAGAACUACAAACAGAAACUGCUAAAUCACGCAUGCAAGAAGAGAAAGAUGCUGCAGAUGCCAUGAGAAACGAAAUUCAACAAUUGAGGGAAGAUUAUGCUGAAAAAAGUAAGAGCAACGAAGAAUUGACAAAAAGACUCAAAAUAGCUCUAGACCCUAACACAGAUGGAUCGCUUGAUGUUGUUAAAAAAGUAAAAGAUUUAGAGCAUAAAUUGGUCAACAAAGAUAUAGAGAUAAAAUCACUUAUUGAACAACUGAAUUCUGCUAAAGAGCAUAUCAAGCAAUAUUGUGACAUUUCUGAAAGUGCCGAGAAGGAAUUAAGAAUUCUUAAUGAGGAAUAUGAAAAAUACAAAUUGGAAACAGAAUUGAAACUAACUGAAAAUAGUAAAAAAAUUCAACAACUUGAAGAUAAAUGUUCUGAAUUAGAAGCAGAGCUGUUACUACAUGCGAAUGGAGAAUAUACCAAUGCAAAUACUUCUUUGAAAAAUGAAUUAAUAGUUGCUCAAGAAGAAUUAAAGAAUGCAUUAAAUAGCUUUGAUACUUGUAAAACUGAACUUGACGUUGCACGAUCUGAAAUUACUAAUUUAUCGGCAGCUGUUCAAAAAGCAGAAGAAAAAUACACUCACGAAAUGAUAUUACAUUCUACAGACAUUCAAACAUUAUCACAAGUAAAAGAUGAGUUAUCCAAAGCACAAAAUCAAUUAAACGAAAUUGUAGCUAUGAAAAAUAGUACUAUAGAAAAAAUGGAAACAGAACGAUUGUCAUGGAUAGAAAGAGAAAAAAUUCUUACAGCCGAAAAUGAGCAGCUGGUUCAGCGUUUUAAAGAUUUAAAUAGUCAAAACUCUUUAUUGCAUGACCAAAUUCAGGCACUAGGAACACAAUUAUCCGUGUCUCAUGCUUCUAGAUCUCGUUCUGAAAGUAUGAAUGAAUCUGCUAAUGAUUCAAAUAUGAAUAUAUCUGUCAACGAGGAAGACGGUAAGUCCUCAGAACAACUGUUCCAAAUAGUUAAAUUCUUACGGAAGGAAAAAGAUAUCACUAUUGCCAAAUUCGAUAUUCUACAAGCUGAAACUAUGAGAUUGAGGUCCCAGUUAGAAAUUACUGAAAAACAAUUGGAUGAUUGCAAAUUAACUUUAGCUUCCGAAAGAGAAAAGUCUGAAGUGAGUAUGGUAACGGUUAAUAAACAAUCUGAUAUUUUAAGAAAAAUUGAGACAUUAAAUGCGUUGCUAGACAGCAAUAAAAUUUUGCGUGAAGAACGUGACACUUUAACUCAACGUGUUGAAGAAUUAACAACUAAUAUUAAAUCUUUGGAAGAUCAAUUAUCUCCAUUACAGGACGUAAUGUCAGACUUAACAUCUAAAAAUGAAACAUUACAAUCUGAAAAUACUUCAUUAAAGGCUGAUUGUGCAAGAUGGAGAACAAGAGUCAAUGCAUUAGUUGAACGUGCCAAUAAAACUAGUCCUGAAGAUUGGAAACGACUACAAAAUGAACGGGAAACACUUGCCAAAAUGUUAACAAAUGAAAAAGAAAAUCUUAAAAAAGUUAACGAAGAAUUGGGUGCUCUUAAAAUAGAAAAAUCUAAGCUGGAAGAACAAUAUAGUCUUCUUUCCCGACAACAAAAUAUCUUGAUGGAAGAAAACAAAAAGUUGCAAGAGGAACUACAAGUUCUCAAAGAUGAUAUGUCACGGCUGACAGAAGAAUUAACAAAAGUUAAAUCGGAAUACAGUUCUGCUACCGAUAUCAAUACUAAGUUAACCGAAGAUCUUUCUAGUAAAGAAGUUUCUCUUAAUGAUAUCAAGAAUAAAGAGAUGCAGAUCCGAAAGAUUGCUAAAAAAUAUAAGGCUCAGUAUGAGGAACUAGUAAAAACAGUUGAAGAAGAGAAGAAAAAGAAUGAAGGUGAAGCUGCUGCAGCUAGUGCAUUAUUAGUUGAAGGUAAUAAAAAAAUUGAAGAUCAGCUCAAUGAACUUCAAGCUCAGCUAGCAUUAGAAAAAGCAAACAAUGAAAAACUGAAACAAGAACUUGAAACACUAAAAACUGCUAAUAUGGAUAAAGAAGAAAAGGCAAAGCAAGUUUUAAAGCAAGCUAAAAGUAAAAUAGUUCAAUUAACGGAAUUGAAGAAUACGCUUAGCCGUGAAUUAGAUGAAUCACGUAACAAAAUUGGGACUAUUGAACAGAGUACUCGUGACGAGCAAGAUGCUAGGUUAGAACUUAUAAAAUCACAAUAUGAAGGACGUCUAACACGUUUAGAGAAGGAACGUGGAGAAGCCCAAGCAGAAAGAAAUAGAGAAGUUGAAUCUCUUAUGCAAAAAGUUAACAUUCUUCAAAGACAAUUAGCUAAUCAAGCAUCAGCAUCCAAGCAACAAGCUACAACUGAGAAAACUACUACGGAUCCCCCAACGGCAAAUAUUAAACCAAUGGCCGGUGUAGCACAGCAAAGUGUUUCGGCAAGUCGGCGCGGCGGAGAGACGCCGUUAGCUUCAAUCCGACCUAUGGCACAAGUAGGUCCUACAGCCCCACACGACGCACAUAGUACUGAGUACAUGCCUGCAUCCUCGUCGCGACCACUUCCUAGAUCUGCGAUAGCGUCUACCGCUUCCCCUGCUUCUGUCGCGCCGCCAGAGUCUACUCAGGAUAUGGAUACAAGUGAAGUCGGAAUGGGCAGUUCGGGGUCUAGUGAUAGUACAGCACAGUCUUCUUCACAUUCCCAAGCACCACAACAGGCGGUGGCCCUAGUAAUGCCCCGUAUAGAGCAACCGACUGGUGCCAGCUCAGGCUCCGUAGUUACUCCAUCCGCCAGUUCUGCAGCUCCCGGUGUCACCAGCGCUGCGCCACAACCGGCACUUACACAGCAACUCACUGGAGCCGUAAGUGCGAGCCCGACCUCCGCAUCGACGGUAAGCGGUCAAGCUUCGGGUGUGAGCACGUCGCACGCUGCGCCCUUAGUCAGUACGUCGCACGCAGCGCCCGGCGUGAGCACGUCACAAACGACCCCCGGCGUGACCACCACGCACACGACACCCGGCGUGAGCACGUCGCACGCGGCGCCCGGUGUGAGCACGUCGCACGCGCUCCCGGGAGUCAGCACGUCGCACGCGCCGCCCGACGCCCGCCCGCCGAAACGCCGUCUGCAACAGCGACCCGUGACUGCGAAGCGAACGAGGGUACAGGGCUUCGAGCGUUCGGUAGAGGUGGAAUAUCAGGUGCCAACUUCGUCGCGCUGUGAUCAAGACGAUGAAGGUGUAAUUGUAGUAGAUUCUGAGGAGGACGACGAGCGAUGCACCGGCACUAUGUAUAGGGAGGGAGAGGAAGAUGAAGAAGAUAUGGAGGAAGAACAGGAUGUAGAAGGUGGUGAAGAGGAGGAAGAAGUUGAAGGGGACGAUGGAGAAAAUAUCGUUCGCCAGGAUUCGCCGGCUCAGAGCCCCGAGGCGGGCGGCGUGGCCGACGAGGGCGAGGAGGGUGAGCUGGGCGACAGCGGCUCUGGCGCCGCGGCUGAGCCCGACAGCGAGCCCGCACCCGCGCACCAGCAGAUGGAGGCCAUCAGCAGCGGCACCGAGCCAAGUGGAGCUUUAUCGUUAGGUGGGAACGGUGGCGACGAUGGCGAUGACAGUAUAGUUCCUUCCACUCCAACGCUAUACGUCCCUAGACGAAAUGACGGGUUCGGCGAAGCUGUGGUGUCGCCGGUGGGCGGCGCGGGCGCGGAGGGCGCGGGUGCAACGGGGGCGCGCUUCACGUUCGCGGAGGCGGGCGGCGCCGCGUCGCACCAUGACACGCACGCCGACCUCGCCGCCGCGCUGCCGCCGCCACACGCGCACCACACGCGAGGUGAAGGCGGUGAAAAUCGUGAAUGGGAAGAAUCCCGCGGAGAGGAAGAAGCCGCCGCCGUCAGUUCACAGGGAAGCGAACCAUCGUCGCCUCAUCAGGUGGCAGAAGAAGGUCGCGAGGCGGAGGCAAGCGCAGCGCCGCGUCGCGCCGCGCCCGCACCCGCGCCCGCGCCCGUCGCGCCGCACACGCCGCACUCGCCGCACCAGCGCUGGAUGCGCGCCGCCGACAGUGAAAGCGGGACGCGAGGCCGCGGCAUGCGAUCACGAGGGCGGCCGCCACGAAGAUCACACAACUACUCUAGAUUCUAAGCCAACACGGUGUAUUCGGUAGUAUUAUAUUAUGUCUAGUUAAAUGUGCUAAGAAUAUUACGACUUUUUUCAUACUAUCAUAUUAAUGUCAACAUUUUUAAAUCAGGCCAAAUAAUGUCAUUUUCGCAAUGAUUAAUAUAACUUUCCAAUUAUUGAUAAGGGACUGGUGUGUAGUAAUCUUUAUACAUGCCAUUUUGAUGUCUUAAGGGUCGAUUUUUUAAUUGCCACUUUAUGUAAAGAAUUCGAUUGUAAUCUUAACAAUUUUAUUCUUCUAUUAAAGAACACUUAAAGUUGAAAAAUCGGUCCUAAAUUAAAAUCUUUUUCGAAUACAAUUACUUAGUUAAACGAAGAAUUGUGGAAGACUGGUUUAAAACUAAAAUACUUUCAGUGUUGUGUUGAGUAAGUGUCUACUUAGUCAUUAAGUCAACAAUUCCAUAUUUUAAUUAUUAUUAUUAUAUAAUUGUCAUUAAUAUAGAUUUAAUGAAUAAAGUAAACAAAUC